CCGGAAGUGGGCGUGGCCAGCGCAGCGGCGGGCGGAAAGCGGAAGUGCGGCCGUGAGGGGACCCGGGGGGGGCGGCGGCGCGACCCCCCCCCCCCCCGCCGGUACCGGCGUGGGAUGGCCGUGACCUGACCCCGGUGCGAUGGAGCAGCCCCGGUACCGGGCCGUGCCCGGGGGCGGCUCCAGCGGUGCCGCCUGGAACGGGACCUGCGGCCACCCCCGCGGUGCCACCAGCGCCACCAGCGCCACCAGCGCCACCACCCCCGGCGCGGCGGGCGGCGGCGGCGACCAGAGCGGCGAGCGCGACCCUCGUGUCCCCAACCCUGGGGAUGUCCCCAACCCCCGUGUCCCCAUCCCCGGUGUCCCCAACCCUGGGGAUGUCCCCAACCCCCGUGUCCCCAACCCCGGUGUCCCCAACCCUGGGGAUGUCCCCAACCCCCGUGUCCCCAACCCCGGUGUCCCCAACCCUGGGGAUGUCCCCAGCCCCGGUGGUGUCUCCAUCCCUGGGGGAGUCCCCAUCACCGGGACUGUCACCAACUCCGGGAGUGUCCCCAGUCCUUGGAGUGUCCCCAACCCCAGGAAUGUCCCCAGCCCUGAGGGUGUCGCCAGCCCCGGGGGUAUCCCAAAUACCGGGAGUGUCCCCAACCCCGGCGAUGGCCCCACCCCUGAGGGUGUCCCCAGCCCCGACACUGUCCCCACCCCCGGGGGUCGCUGCCGCUGCCGGGGUCCCCCCGCCGCUCCCCCGAGCCCCACCCGCGACAUCCCGUGCGGCCUCGGCUGCCGCCACCGCGCACCCCCGGAGGGCACCGGCGACACGCGGAGAGCGCGGCGGCGACCGCGACAGCGCCACGAGGAGCCCGACACGGAGCUCGGGGACAGCGGGAGGGGACAGCGAGCGUCCCUGCGGGUGGCCCGCGCGGGGGUCGCGCUGUGCCUGCGGCUGCUCGGCGCUCUGCUGGCGCUGCUCCUCCUCUUCCUCCUCCUCAUCCUCGGGGGGCUCCGCUCCUCCCUCCGCGGGGGCUCCGCGGGGCUCCGCCGCUGCCGGGAGCUGCUGGGCGAGUGGCUCCGGCCGCGGGCGAGCUGCUCCGGUGGUGGCGGCGAGCAGGAGGUGACACGUUUGGUGGCCAUGGCUCAAGUGGCCGAGGAGGAGCUGGACCCGUUCCGGGUGCUCGGCGUGGAACCCACGGCCAGCGACGCCGAGCUGCGGCGGGCGUACCGGAGGCUGGCGGUGCUGGUGCACCCCGACAAGAGCCGCGACCCCCGGGCGGAGGCGGCGUUCAAGGUGCUGCGGGCGGGCUGGGAGCGGGUGAGCAGCCCCGAGAGGCGCCGCGAGUACGAGACGAAGCAGCUGGCGCAGGGGGAGCUGGCGCGGGCGCUGGGCGCGUUCCUGGGCCGGCUGCAGGAGGAGCUCAGGGACGCCAUGGACGCCAUGGGCUGCACGCGCUGCGGGGGGCGCCACAGGCGGUUCCCGCUGGACAGGGACCCCCGCUCUGCCCGGUACUGUGCCGAGUGCGGGGCGUGGCACGCGGCCGACGAGGGCGACCUGUGGGCAGAGUCCAGCCUGCUCGGCCUCAAGGUCACCUACCUGGCCCGCAUGGACGGGCACGUCUACGAUGUCACUGAGUGGGCUGGCUGCCAGCGUGUGGCCAUCUCCCCCGACAGCCACCGUGUCCCCUACCACCUGUCCUUCGGCGCCAGGACAGCCACGCCGGCCGGACGGCAGCGCGCCCCCCCCAAGGGCAGCCCCCCCUCCCCCAGCGAGAUCCAGGAUUUCCUGGCUCGCGUUUUCCAGGGAAACCCGAGCUCGGGGGAAGCCGGGGGGGCUUUCCCCAGCCCCCCCGGGGCUGCGGGACCCCCCCAGGGACCCCCCCAGGCCCAGGGGGGCGCCCCCAGGGGGGACACCAAGCACAAGAGGAGGAAGAAGGGGCGACGGCCGCUGCCGCGCUGAGGAGACACCCCCACCCCAAAAAAAAAAAAAAAAAAAGGGCUUGGAAUAAAAAUCUAUUUUUCUUUUGUUUUUUGGGUUUUUUAAAGAAAUCGAGUGGUGGUUUUUGUGUUUAUAAAUAAAGAGGGAUUGGUUUAAUAAA